CUGCCGGUGGCGGAGGUGGAGGGGCCGGUGGCGGAGGAGGUGGUGGAGGAGGCGCUGGGCCCGCACCGGGGUCGGGGUCGGGCGGAGGAGGAGGAGGAGGAGGAGGUGCGGCCGGGGGGGAAUCGUGGUAUUUGGCUUUGUUGGGCCUGGCCGAACACUUCCGCACCUCUAGCCCGCCCAAAGUGCGGCUCUGCGUUCACUGCCUCCAGGCCGUGCUGCCCCGCAAGCCCCCGGCCCGCAUGGAGGCCCGCACCCACCUCCAGCUCGGCUCCGUCCUCUACCACCACACCCGCAACGGCGAUCAGGCCCGAGGGCACCUGGAGAAGGCGUGGUUGAUAUCCCAGCAAAUUCCUCAGUUUGAAGAUGUGAAGUUUGAGGCUGCCAGCCUCCUGUCUGAGCUGUACUGUCAGGAGAAUUCAGUGGAUACAGCAAAACCUCUGCUCCGUAAAGCCAUCCAGAUCUCCCAGCAGACUCCCUACUGGCACUGCAGAUUGCUUUUUCAGCUUGCACAACUACACACACUUGAAAAAGAUUUGGUGUCUGCAUGUGACCUCCUGGGAGUUGGAGCAGAAUAUGCUCGGGUGGUGGGCUCAGAGUACACCAGAGCUCUGUUUCUGCUAAGCAAGGGGAUGCUCCUCCUGAUGGAAAGAAAGCUGCAGGAGGUACAUCCCCUCCUCACUCUCUGUGGGCAGAUUGUUGAGAACUGGCAAGGAAACCCCAUCCAGAAGGAAUCACUCCGUGUGUUCUUCCUGGUCCUGCAGGUCACCCACUACCUGGAUGCAGGGCAGGUGAAGAGUGUGAAGCCCUGCCUGAAGCAGCUCCAGCAGUGCAUCCAGACCAUCUCCACCCUGCAUGAUGAUGAGAUUCUGCCCAGCAACCCUGCUGACCUCUUCCACUGGCUGCCCAAGGAGCACAUGUGUGUGCUUGUCUACUUGGUGACAGUGAUGCAUUCCAUGCAAGCAGGGUACCUGGAGAAGGCUCAGAAAUACACAGACAAAGCUCUCAUGCAGCUGGAGAAGCUGAAAAUGCUGGAUUGCAGUCCCAUCCUCUCCUCUUUCCAAGUGAUUUUGUUGGAACACAUCAUCAUGUGUCGCCUGGUCACAGGACACAAAGCCACAGCACUGCAGGAGAUUUCCCAGGUUUGUCAGCUCUGCCAGCAGUCUCCCAGACUCUUUUCCAACCAUGCUGCCCAGCUGCACACUCUAUUAGGGCUCUACUGCAUUUCUGUUAAUUGCAUGGACAAUGCAGAAGCACAAUUUACCACAGCACUGAGGCUCACCACACAUCAGGAGCUGUGGGCAUUUAUUGUGACCAACUUGGCCAGUGUGUACAUCAGGGAAGGCAAUCGACACCAAGAGCUUUACAGCUUAUUGGAAAGGAUAAAUCCAGACCAUAAUUUUCCUGUGAGCUCCCACUGCCUCCGAGCAGCAGCUUUCUACAUCCGAGGGCUCUUCUCCUUCUUCCAAGGAAGAUACAACGAGGCCAAGAGAUUUUUACGAGAGACGCUGAAAAUGUCAAAUGCAGAAGAUUUGAAUCGAUUGACAGCCUGUUCCCUCGUCCUCUUGGGCCACAUAUUCUAUGUGUUAGGGAACCACAGGGAAAGUAACAACAUGGUAGUACCAGCCAUGCAGCUUGCAAGCAAGAUCCCAGAUAUGUCUGUGCAGCUCUGGUCCUCAGCUCUGCUGAGAGACCUGAACAAAGCCUGUGGAAAUGCCAUGGACGCCCAUGAGGCAGCCCAGAUGCAUCAGAACUUCUCCCAGCAGCUCCUCCAGGACCACAUUGAAGCCUGCAGUCUUCCAGAACACAACCUCAUCACGUGGACAGAUGGACCCCCUCCUGUACAGUUCCAGGCACAGAAUGGACCCACCACCAGCCUGGCCAGCCUCCUGUGAAAGAGGAAAAAACAAACAAACAAACAAAACUUAUCAGGACAGUGUGUUUCAAAAGAAAGAAAAAGGAAAAAAAGAAAAAAAAAUUCUUGCAAAAUCUUUUCUUCAAAGAAAAGGCAGCAAAUUCCUCUUGUAGUGAGGGCCUUGUAGGAAACAGAUUGCAAAAAGGAAGACAAGAAACAUUUCAUAGACUGGCAAAGUGAGCAGGGCAUUUGAAGCUGCUUUUCCAUGAUGUGUGUGAAUAUACAGGUAGUGUGUAUAUACCCACAGGUUUUAAUCUGCUUUCCUCUUGCUGAGAAAAUUAAGGUUUAGUCCAAAGGAUUCUUGUUCCUUGAAUUUUUAGAAUAUCUACUUAAAAAAAAAACAACAUAAAAACCAACUGUCAGAGCAACUGAAGAGGACUUGCACAGUUUGGAAUACCAGUUGUAUUCUCCAGGCUCCAGCCUGUUUUUUUUUCAGCCAGUUUGAAUGUUUGCUGCAUCCCUUCCCCUCCUGGGAGCCUUGGGAUUGAAUCAGGAGUUGAUCAGAGGGUGCCCUGAAAGUUCUCUCUGUACUUCCUCAGCUUUUUUCCCUCUUCCUUGCUUGCAAAUCCUUCUCAGGGCUGUCUGGAGGGAAGGUGAGGAGGAGGUGGGUGAGCUCUGGGGGGGUCUUGGUGUCCUGGGGGAGUUCUGCAGAUGCUGUCAGGUGCCACCUCUCUGCUUCUUCAUCAGGGGGUGACCCCUUGAGGGGGUUCCUGCUGUCCAGUGCCCCCCAGGGGAAGGCAGAGCCCUGGCUCUCUCCGUCUCAGUUCAUUUGUUGGGAUUUGUAGGGAAGCUGGAAAAGUUCUUGUCCUCUGGGCUGGUCCCUCUGGGGCAAACAACUGGGAAGCAGGAUUUGGCUUUUCCCUGGAGGCUCCCCAGGGGCAGGCAGCACCUGUGCCUUAAUGAUUUUCCCAAAUUAUUCCAAGUCAGAGUUCAAACUUCAGUGCUUCAACCCCAGCCAGAGGCUUAGAAAAAAACCUCAACUCUAGUUUUGGCCCAAAAUGGGAGGUUUCUCAACUUUUCUGUCUCAGCUUCCUUGUUCUCAGUUCUUUUUAUUAUUUUUUUUUUAACUUUUCAGUUCUGUGGUUGUCACAGAACAGGAGAGAUGAGGCCCAGGGUUGUUCUGCAGAAAACACCUGGGGGGGGGGGAAACUUGUUUUAAAUUUCAUGAAGCAUCAGCAGCUUCCUAGGAAGGAUCUGGGGCAGCUUGUGAGGUUCAUGGGGCUGAAUAAAAGUGGUUUUCACUCUGGGUAGCUCUGCAUAUUUAUCUCCUCAAUUAAAAAAAAGGAGGGAAAAGGAAGUCUUGCUAGGAAAAUUGCUUGUUUAGGGCUUUCUGGGACUGCUGCUUUUUCACUGAGCGAGGAGGGGAAUAUUAUAAAGGAAAUAUUUGACCCCCCCCUCCAAUCCUGAGAACUUUGAUUGUAGGAGGGAUGCUGUGAAAUCUUUUUCAGCCUUGUCCCCUCUCAUAGCCACAGCUCACAGAAACAAUUGCUUUUUACCCCUGGAUUUUGACCAAAAAUAGGAUUUAAUCUUUCUUCUAGUGCUGAUUGAGGGCUUGUUCUUGGAGAUUUCCUCCUGCAGAAGCCACGUGUGCUUUGGUCCUGGGUGGAAAAGGGGCAACAGAGCCUCAGGAUUGGCAGAGGGAGAGAAUCUUCUGCUCAGUGCUGCUUAAAGUCUCCCUCCCAACUUGGGUAAAAAGAGGAAAUCAGUGUGUGAGGAAGGAGAUCAAUCUGUAAGGAAAAGGAAAUCCAUCUGUGAGGAAGUAUCCAGGGUAUCUGUGGAUACCACACCAGGGAGAUGAUCCCUGUUUCUGCUCCCCUUGCUCCUGGAGAUGCUCUUCUGUGUCUGCCACUGCCUCUCCAGCUCUGUUCAAUGUCCACCUCCUGGCCCCUUGGCCUCCUGGAGGUGACAGCCCAGCAGGGCAGUGUCCCUAGGGGUGCUGCCAGGUUCACCCCAGCACCUUGGUGUCCCUGGGGACACCCUGAGGAGGUGACUCCAGGUUUACUGAGCUUGUAUUGAGCCAGCCCUGGGUUGGUAGAAAAAGUUCAGUAGUUGUCGUGUACUCAGGUAAAUCCUGCCUGGGGAAUGUGGUGACCCCAGGGACUAUUUUGGAGUCUUGAAUUUGGUGUGUUUGGGGGGGGAGCAGUGUCACUUCUUGGUUGUUCCCUCCAGAAGUCUCUGGAGUUGCAAGAAAACACCUCAGUUCCAUGUUUCUUCUUCCCUGAGGAAUUAGGGAGUGACUGAGAUGUCCUUACAGGCUGCUGGAGUCCCAGCUGGGUAAGCCAGGCAUUGUCUUUCCUUUUGGUUUUAUUUUGAUUUUGAGGCUAUUAUUGAACUGAUUUAACAUGCCCAGGGCAACCAAUAAAUAGCUGUCACUGCUGGCCAAAAAGAAAAUUAAAAAAAAAAAAAAAAAAAAAAAAAGAGAGAGAGAAAAGAGCACUGCUCCUAUAAGGCAAUAUUCCAAAAAAUCCCAACUUGAUUUGGGCUGAGUUGGAGAAAAAGGAUUUUGGAGACAGGUGUCCAGUAGCUGCAGAGGGUUGUGUUGCAAGAGGGUGGUGAUUUUUUUUUUUUUUUUUUUUUUUUUUUUUUUUAAUGAUUUCAGCAGCAAUUUUCUCCAAAUGUCCUUGUGUGCCACCCAGGCUGCUCUGGAGCUGAGUCCCUUCCAGUUCUCAGGAGGGAAGGAAGAAUUUGAGGGAAAGUGCUGGGAGUGUUUCACCAGGAGCUUCUGUGGCCUGGGGUGUGCAGAGCUCCCUUUCCAGAGUCCUCUUCCCCUCACAGAAUUUAAAAGAAGAAAAAAAAAAAGGACAAAAAAAAAAAUCAUGUAAAUUUGAACAUAACUGGGUGAUUUUCUAUCUCUCAAAUUCAAUGUACAUUUGUUACAAUGUACAGUGCUUUUUAACUACACUUGUAUAUUAAAUUAUUUAAUAGUUUUUUGCUUUUCAGUAUCUUUUGUAUGUAGCAGAGAUGAAAACAAGGACCUCAGAACUGAAGUUCUUCCUAAUUUUCAAAUGCUUGUGUAAAGUUGAACAGAAAACUAGAAGUUUACAGUUUACAAAAUAACAUUCUGUUAAGUGCUUGGUCUCUCUCAACUUGAUCUGAACACCAGAUUUCUAAACUUUCUUCUCCAAUCAUUGAAUCUUCUCUAGAAACCAACAUGAAGUCUUUUAUGAACUUCUAAAAAAAAAAUUAUUCUUCUAAAGAUGUAAUUUAGAGAACUGUACAGUUUUUUUCUCUAGUAUUUUUAAAGGAGUAGCAAGGACUUACAGAGAAGCAUCUAAUCACUGUUUUGUAGAUAGUGUAAAAACUUCUGUAUGUAUAGAGAAUGCAGGCUGAAGAAUUUGUCUGUUGUAUUUCAUUUCCUACAGUAAGAGCAGCAGAAAGGCCCAUGGAAACACAUCUGGGGAAUUAAAAAAAAAAAAGUAACUUCAUCCUCCCCAUGCCAGAUGUGCACUCACUGUGCCACCAGGAGCAAAAAAAAAACAA